CGCUUUCGCUGGCGCCUUUUGGCGGGGUUUCACAGCGGCUGCCGUCGCCGGCUGUUCUGUUGAUUGAUUCACAGUAUCAGUUAUGUAUUCGGACCGCCGUGAGUACUCGGACAGCCGUCGCAGGGAUUUCCGUCGGCGUGAGCGUGAGCGAGAGUCGAGGGAUCACCGGCCGCGGCACUCACACAGUCCGUCGCCGCGAACAGCGAGCCACCCGCACUCGCAGCCAUGGGACAUGGUUGAGCUGGGCAACCAGUUCUCGGCACAGCUGUCACAGCUGGUGAGCAACUCGAGGAAGCGCAUCGAGGCUCUGACGGAGCUGGCGGCGCCCCUCAAGCCGUAUGCACGCCAGGUUGUGGACCUCAUCGAGAGGGAAAUGCUCAACGUGAGGGAGGGAGGGAGGGAGAUCGGUCAGACAGGCAGGCAGACAGACAGACAGACACAUCCAGUGCUCGUAGGCAGAUCUGUGGAUGUGUGUGUGUGUGUGUGUGUGUGUGUGAUCCACCCUGUCAGGCGUCGGGCGAGCGCAAGCUGACUUUGAUGUACCUGAUCGACAGCAUCGUGCGCAACAACCCGGGCGAGUACGCCAUGGUGUUCAGUCAGCACCUCCCCGCGCUGUUCGAGGCCGCAUUUGUGACGGCCGAUGCGAGCGGCCAGCAGUGCCUGAUCCAGCUGCUCACCUACUGGGACACCCACUUCCCCCCACAAGUGCUCACGCGCCUCCAUGCCAUCGCCACGCGACACACAGGGGGCGGCGGAGAGGCGGCCGGACACAGCUCACCGAGAUACUCCCCUGCCAACGCUGUACGUAGGGACACAACACAGAGCAGCGCUUCACCGAGAAAUGGAAUGCGUGCAGUGCACAUGACAUGUGGCUAUAUUGUAUUGGGUGGCGGUUGUGUGUGAAUGUGUCAGGUGCGCCACAGCCCGCCGGCCGCUGCCGCUGCCGCUGCAGCUGCAGCUGCAUCAUCGUCAGCGAGCAACCACCACCAGCCGGACGGCAAUGGCGAUGCAGCCGACGCCCUGACGCAGACACAAAUGCUCCAAAGUAAUACACACAUCAGACGGAGGGAGGGCGCCCGCACGUGUGUGCGUGAUUGUCUGUGUCGGGAGGGAGGGAGGGAAGUGCGCUGGGCUGGCGGUGGCGCGGCGCAAGUGAGUGUUUUGGCGUGAGUGGCGUCCUGGUCUCUCUAGAGAGAGUUUGGUCUGUCUGAUCUAGAGGGAGGCCAGCUGUCUGGCUGGCUGUGGCUGCCUUGUAGUAGUCUGCCAAUGCGGCAGAUGAGACCAACAGAACAAUCUGUGCGAUUUGCGUGGUGAAAUCUGUUUGGUCAUUUGGGUGCCUGCUUGAUGUGUUGAGUGAUGAGUGGCUGGCUGGAUGGCUGGCUAUAUGUCUGUCUGCUGGACUGACUGGCCGCCACCACAAGACCAAAAAUUCGCCACGCCACCCAUACCCCACCUCCCUCCCUCCCUCCCUCCCUCCCUCAAUUCACAUGUGUGCAUGGUCGUGCUGCCCCGCCCUCCUCGCGCCCUCAAUCACUCAUUUCGUGUUCGUGUGCAUUGUGUGUGUGGGUGUAGGUCUGCUUGAGGUGUGCUCACGCGACAGUGAUGUGUCGCAGAAGGUGAUUUUAACAGAACAGACACACAGAGAGAGACGACACUCUGUGAUGUGUUGUGUUGUGUUGUGUUGUGUGGGGCCAUCCAUCCAUCAGAUGACGGAGGUCCUCCGUCUGCAGACGUCUGGUGAGGUGCAGAGGGCAUCACAGCUGCUCAAAGCACUAUACAGGUGGGUGCGGUGCAGUACAACGAGAGAGAGCCAACAAAGCAUGGCAUGGCAUGUGAUGUCCAACCAACCUUCCGCUGUCUGUCUCUUUCCGCAGGCAAGUGCACGGGGGCGGUGCAGGCGGUGCUGGUGCACCACCGUCCGACGCUGCGUCAUCGGCCAACGCCAAAAGGCAAUCAGGUGACUGACGAACCGACCAACACACCACACGCAGCGUAGAUCAGAUCGUCCUCCUUUCAUAGUGCUGUCUUGCUUGUUGUGCCUCACUCAGUGAAGCGGCCCCAUGAGUCCGUCGACAGUGGCAGUGGUCGCAGGAGCGACCCGUCAGGCCCUGCAGAGCCCAAGGCCAGGAGGCUCGCUGACCACAAGAGGCCCCCAGAGGCACCCGGCAGGCCGGGAGGCAGGGCGAGCAUGCCGUCACCAACCCAGGGGAGGAGCACCAAUGGAGGGCCAACACGGCCCAAGGCGCCACCGCCAGGCGUGUCGUCACGAGACCCUCGCAUCAAAAGGUGAGUGAGUGACAACACCAGCGCCACCAUGAUAGAUAGAGAGGCGAUCACACGAAUCACUUACCCCCUCGUGUUGGUCCCCUCUAUCUCUCUUUGUUCAGCCGAGAGGCUGCGAGUCGCGGCAAGACCCCAUCUCCCCCCGCCCUCCCACAGGUGCCCCGGCCCGUCGCCCGUCCAUCCGUCCGUGUGCGGCCCCCCAUCGAGGACGACGACGACCUCAGCCCCAUCGACCUCGAGUCGCCACACGUCAAGGCUAUGAGGAGGCAAAGCCCCACCAGCCAGCACCAGCAUCAGCAGCAACAGCAGGAGCCACCCACCCACGCGAGGCGGCCCGAGCAGCAGCCGGCUGUGAGCAGGCCUGCUCCAGCAGCAGCAGCUGCAGCAGCUGGAGGUGUUGGUGAGAGUCGGGCCAGCCCUAGUCCUUCCCCUGCUGCUUCUGGGGAGAGGGUUAAGAGUGAGGAGGGGGGCGAGAGGGAUUUGGAUGAGCUCGAGAGGAUCUCCGAGGAGAGCAACGAGGAUGGGUGAGCCGACAGACGGAGGGAGAAAGACACAAGGAAGGGCAAGGAAGGGCGAAGUAAAGUCAGAGGUGUGUGGGUUGAUGUGAUGUCCUGUGUAUGGUGGGUGCUUUGCUUGUGUGGUGUGGUGUGUACGCAGGCGUGGUCGUCGGAAAAGUGACCUCAAUGGCGUGGGGCUCGAACCCAUCGAUGACGAAGAAGAUGGUCAGUCAGUCAGUACUGACCGGGAGGGAGGGACUUCAUAAUUAAUACCUACCGUGACUCCUUCACCUCCGUUGCAUUGCCCCGUUUGUGUCUCUCCUCUGCCCAUAUCAGACAGCGGCACCGCCAGGUCACUGAAGGCCCGCCAGUACGCCCAGCCGUCUCGUUACGGCGUCGGGCAAGCCACGGCCCAGCCCCUCAGACAAACAACACCCGCUGCUGGACUAGGUAGGUACACACACGACACGAUUUCAACCAGUCACUGGAUACGCCAACGUCAAACCAAACCCAGCCCCGUUCCCUCUCCUCUCUUCCCCUCUCUGUAUCAAUCAGGUGCUUUGACGCCUUUUGGCGGGCCCGCCGGCCUCUCCCGUGGUCUCUCAGGCACCCUGCUCUAUCAGUCGCCGUCCAUCGCCGCCAAGGGCACGGGCGAGGAGAUGGCGACGGAGGAGGCGGCCGUGACAGAGUGGCGGUGGAAGUGGCUGCGGCCGCCGCCCACCAACCUCACUGUGGGGGAGUUUCGCAACCUAUGGGGCACCGUCAGCACCGUGGGCGGUCGGGAGAAGGCCGCUGCCGACAUUAUUGAGGGGGAGAGGCGCGAGCAUGAUCUGGAGAGGGACAAGGAGGGUGGUGGCGUGUUUAAGAACAAGGUGGUGCAGGGGGUCGGCUUGCAACAGGUGGGAGGGAGGGAGGGAGGGAGGGAGAGGAACCCGCCACACGGUCUCACAUUCUUGAAACGUGUGUGUGUGUGUGUGUGUGUUGGUGCAGUUGGUAGUGGGUCCGCUGCAGUCUGACGAGGUGGCGCUGAUCUUCGACGGGCUCUCGCGCCUGACCAGGAGGCUCAAGAGGCGACAGACCAGCGGCGCCGCACGGGCAUCCGAACUCUCCUUCGACAAAAUCAAACUGUAAGUAACCACGACACCUCACCUCACACAGCACAGCAGUCCCUUGCUCACCUCACGUGUCUGUUCCUGCCGGUGUGUAGUGACCUGGACAUCGGCUUCCUGCAGCAGCUGCACGAGGGUCGGCCCCGUCAGUGCGCUCUGUGUGGCGUGCGCUUCCGCACCGCCGCGGCAUACCAGCAGCACAUACAAAAUCACUUCGAGAGGGUCAGCCAGCACUACACACAUGCAGUGCACACGCGUCUACUCACACACGCGUGCAGGCGUCAGAUCGACAUCACAGGACAAUUUGCCCCUUGUGUGCCCUGCCUGUGUGCUGUUCAGAAUGAGGCCAAGAGGCAGCGCAAGCGCAUGCAGGAGGGCGGCCGACUUCUCUUCGCCGAGCUCACCGUAAGCCAUCCGUCCCAUUUGGCACCACACACAACCACCCUCCCAACUCUCCUCUCCACCUGUGUGUGUGUGAAAGGACUGGAUGGGCGAGAGCAGCACGGUGGCCGGUUGCACUUUGAUGCGUGUGUACAAGGACAAGUGCUACGAGGUUGAGGGCAAGCAGCCGCCGGCCCGCAGCAAGGAGGGCGCUGAGGGCGAGGGGGAGGCCAUCGAUGUGGUCGAGAUGGAGGAGGACAUCGAGGAGGAGGAGGCCGACACUGAGGAGGCCAUGGCGUAUAGGAGCGUCGUACCCGCUGACGCCAACAAGGUCUGUGGCCACUCACCUCACUCUUAGUCAGCAUUUGGUGCGGAGGUCAACUGCUGUGUCUCUCUCUGUGUGAGUGUGUGCAGAGUAUAUGCUGCCUGUCUUCUGAGCCCUUCGAGCGGGCCUUCAGCGAGACGCUUCACGACUGGGUCUACCUCGGUAUGGUGGACAGCACACACACACACACACACGCACACACACACACAGGCCCUCCUGACUGAGGGUGUCUUUGAUCCAUGGGAUGUGUGCAUCAAUCAGAUGCGAUCGCCAUCGACUUGGAUACCUUUGAGGAGGUGGCCUUCGACCCCACCAGCGACCCACUGUCGGCCCCAAAGGACGAUGCCGCACGGCCGAAACACGACGGCGACCAGGACGGCGGACACGACGACGAUGAAGAAAUGCCCGGUAAGCCAAGCCAACAAACGAAGGCAACACCCAUGCACCACACGCACCCCUGCUCUCAUGCUCGUGUGUGCUGUCGCUGCACAGACCCCUCGAUGAGCCAGGAGGCUCGCCAUCAGUGGCGGUCCCGUCAGCGCAUCAACCAGCAGAAGCGCCGCGCCCGCCAGGAGCUGGAGCGGCACGUCGCCACCGACUCCGGUGGCUCCAUCCUGCCCGCCUCCAUCUGCCUCGUCCGCCACUCUUGCUGGAAGGCACUGUCACACCCGGCGCGGCAGCGUUUUCUAGAGGACAUGACGCUUGUCGACGACCCGGCCGCCGACGAGACGGCUCCCCUGUCUGGGGCUGCUGCUGCGGGUGAGGAUGAGGAUGUGUGUGUGCAGGAGUUGCUGCAGCUGGGCCUGGUGCCGCUGGAGGGCAUGAUGGCGGCAUUAUCGGGUCAUGGUGGUGACGAGCCGCAGCAAGAACAUGGGCCGGAGGGAAUGGGGGAGGGGCAGACUGCUGUGAGAGGGGAGGGGCAGGGGGAGGGGCAGGAGCAUCAGCAUGGGGGCGGGGGAGAGAGGGGAGGGAGGCGGCGGGCGGCAGCAGUCAGGAAGAAGCGAUUCUGAUGAAUGACCCGAUCGAUUGAUCGAUCGAUUGCUGUGCGUAAGUAAGAUUGAGCCAGGACGAGUGGAGCUUGCGAUGCGCUUUUAGACAGACAGACAGACAGACAUGCCAUGCCCCCCAACGAUUGCUUAAUUGUUCAAUUCACCGACCAACCAGUGGCGAUGAAAUGAAUGAAGCCAGCAUAGCAUGCAGGCCAGGCAGCCAGCCGUAUGUGUGUAUUUGUGUGUGAGACAAGACAGACACAGCCGCUUAUCUUAUUGAUUGGCUAAUGCAAUGUGUGUGGCAAUACCCACCCCACAUCCCCUCCCUCAGUACCUACCUACCAAGUGAAUGCGUGA